AUGACUAGCAGAAGCACAGCCAGGCCCAACAGGCAGCCCCAGGCCAACAAAAUAUGCCAGUUCAAACUGGUCCUGCUGGGUGAAUCUGCGGUGGGGAAAACCAGCCUGGUGUUACGUUUUGUCAAAGGGCAGUUCCACGGGUACCAGGAGAGCACCACUGGAGUGGCCUUCCUCACCCAGUCUGUUUGUCUAGAUGACACGACAGUCAAGUUUGAGAUCUGGGACACAGCUGGGCAGGAGUGA